AUUAUGAACAUCCGCAAUGCUAGGCCAAGCGACCUGAUGAGCAUGCAACACUGCAACCUCCUCUGCCUUCCCGAGAACUACCAGAUGAAAUACUAUUUCUACCAUGGCCUUUCCUGGCCCCAGCUCUCUUACAUCGCUGAGGAUGAGGACGGGAAGAUUGUGGGCUACAUCCUGGCCAAAAUGGAGGAAGACGGAGCUGCUGUCGCCCACGGACACAUCACCUCCCUGGCGGUGAAGCGUUCACACCGGCGCCUCGGCCUGGCCCAGAAGCUCGUGGACCAGGCCUCCCGGGCCAUGGUGGAGAACUUUAAUGCCAAGUACGUGUCCCUGCAUGUCAGAAAGAGUAACCGGGCCGCCCUGCGCUUGUAUUCUGACACCCUCAACUUCCGGAUUAGUGAGGUGGAACCCAAAUACUAUGCAGAUGGUGAAGAUGCUUAUGCUAUGAAGCGGGAUCUCACGCAGAUGGCAAAUGAGCUGAGACGACCGCUGGAGCUGAAGGAGAAAGGCGGUUGUGUAGUGCAGGGGUCCAGGGAGACCAAGGAGGCCAGAGGCAGCACACUUCCUGGUUCUAAAAGGUCCGGUCAGAAGAAGAACCGAGCCCCUGGCAAAGGUGGCAGUGACCGCAAGGAACUCAAUGAGUCCAUGGAGCGCACCGAUGCCCAGGAUGGCCCAGAAGACUCAAAUUCUACCUCCUAG